AUGAACAAAAAUGGAACAGCUAAAAUGAAUGAUAAUCAAAUAAGAGCCGAAGGUAGAAGGUUAUUUAAACGCUUCUAUAACAUUCCUGAUGGUGUUAAUCCUAAAACUCGUAGAAGUUAUUUAAAUGAAGCCAUAGAUGCAUAUGAAGGAUUUGACAUUUCAUCAGAAAGUGAGAGGUUAGCAAGAAUGUUAAACGUUAAUAUUGAUUUUUAUUAUUGUGACCCUCAACCAGAAGACGUAGACAUUAACAAGGUAGACUUUCCAUUAGUGGAUUCAAUAAUGAUAGAUCCAGAAUUUGAAACAGUAAAUAUUUUAUUAACACAGAGUCCAUGUGGAAAACUUCACGCUGACAGAAUAACAGACGUUGAAGCACUCACAGGAUAUAAAGUUUGCCCCUUUUGCAAAGAAGAAGUAUAUUCUAUCCGUGAUGAUCCAGAAAGGAAAAACCAAAGAAGAUUUUUAAAACAUUGUGAGAAAUGUAAAGAAAAUAAUGGAAGAUUAAUUCAAGACGUUCAAUUGCAAAACACACAACAACCAUAUGCACCACAUAUUACGAAACAGAAGAUAUAUCAGUGGAUAUUAGCUCACAAUUUGCAGGAAUAUUAUCAACCGACAAGAUAUUAUAUUACUUUUGACUUCGAAACAUUAGAGACUAAAGAAGAAUUACAACUUUCUGAGUGUGCAACUUUGAAUGCUUACUUAAAACCAUUCAUGGUAUCAUCAACGGUUAAAUUAAACGAUAAAACAUAUACGAGGAAUUUUUGCUUAACUUCGAGUGAUUCUUUUAUUUCUGAUUGGAUUAAGUUUUUAUUUUCAACCUGUUCAUUAGUUGCUAAAUCAAAUAUUGAACAAUAUGAAGAAUUAAUGAA